AUGUUUACCGAUUAUAUAUUUACACCAAAGCUUUACAAAGUAUAUACUGGAAUUCGGAGAAACGAUGACUAUGUUCAACUAUGGCAAGAAAAAGUAGCAGACAGAAUAUUAAUGACUACUUACAUUGUUUCACAAGUAGCCACUUACCUUUCACCUGCAUUAUUAUACAUGUAUGGUAAAUGUCUGUUAAGUCCAGACUUUGUAAACAAACUAUUUUUUCGUGGAUCAAUAUUAGGAUUAACUUUGAUGACAACAUUUAUUUUGAGAAGUUACGGAAGAGCUAUAAAUCCAAAGUAUAAAGCUUUUCAUAAAGAUCUUAUAAAUGCUAAAUUGGAUUAUUCGACUGAUAAUAAGAAAAAACUGCACAGCUACGACUUUGAUUUUUCAGCAUGGCCUGUAGACUUUUCAUGGACUUCAGAUGAAGAAGAAAGUUACAAAACAAAUUUAACAAGCAAUAAUUAUAAGAUGUCAUUAAAACUUCUAAGUAGUCCUAGUCGUCUCAUCGGGUUUAUAGCAGUGCAUACUUUUGGAAUAUCAUUAAUUUAUCCUGGUUCUACUUCACUUUUAUUCUAUUUAAUGGAUCAGAACUUACAGAAAGGAAGACGAGCUUUAAUCACUUCAUUUGGAGGCGUAAGAUAUAAAUUAAAAACUAUUGAUGGAAAUUUUGUAGACUCCAUGUUCAUAGACAAAAGACAAUCAAAUAUUAAUUCUUUGAACCCAAAAUUAAUUAUUUGUACCGAAGGAAAUGCUGGAUUCUAUGAAGCAGGAAUUAUGAGCUCAGCUAUUGAAACUCAUCAUUCUGUCUUGGGGUGGAAUCAUCCUGGAUUUGGAUAUAGUACAGGUGUACCAUAUAUAGAGCAAGAACAAAAUGCAGCUGAAACAGUAAUAGAAUUUGCUAUAAAGCAUUUAAAAUUUAGUCCUAAAAAUAUUAUUUUAUAUGGUUGGAGUAUUGGUGGCUUUGCUUCCACUUAUUUAGCCAAAAAGUUCCCUGAUGUCCAUGCUGUGAUAUUGGAUGCUACAUUUGAUGAUCUGACACCAUUAGCUAUUCCACGGAUGCCUAGCUUUGCUGAGAAACUAGUAGAGUUGACUGUAAAAGAAUUUACAAACUUGAAUGUGGCUGAAAAUUUAGUUCAAUAUCCAGGGCCAGUUCUACUAAUUCGACGAUCCAGUGAUGAAAUCAUUGCACUUGAUCCCCAAAAUGUAGCUACAAAUCGAGCAAAUUACCUACUAGAAUUAUUAUUAGAAAGAAGAUUUCCAAAACUCUUUUCCAAUGAAUCGAGGUCAGUUCUUUGGGUUUGGCUAUCCACAUCUGGCGAACAACAAAAUCAAUUACAUUUGCAAUAUGAUGUUGACUUAAACACUCAAUCAAAACUAUUUUCAUCAUCCAAUAGAAAUUAUCCAUUAAAUCUUGGUGAUGGUUGGAAAGAUCAAGAAAAAAUAAAAAUGUUACUGUACUUGGCUGACUAUUAUAUGAAAGACUACAAUUCCACACAUUGCACUCCAUUACCAACACGUUAUUUAGGUUAUAUAAUUUAA